AAUUAUGCCAAAAGUCAGCCAGUUGCAUGACACAUAUAAUAAUAUUCAAGUGACAAAACUAGAUCAAGGAGAAUAAACAAAGCCUUGACAUUAUUUGGCAGUGCACAAAUGGAGAAAGCUUAGGACCCCACGAACUCUUUCUUUGACCAACUUUGGUCAACGGUCAUAUUAUACAGGAAAGAUUGUUUUGCUUGGAUUAACAAGUUCAAAGCUGGUUCCUGUAGUUGAUGCCCCCACCCCCUUGCUCAAAAUACCAAAGCUGGUUUUUCAGAUCUCUGGUUUUAAAAAACUUGCAACUGUGGCUAUGACGUAGCCUCACUAAGCCACUCCUAUAAAUAGACUGCCGCAUUAUCAUAAAACUCAAACUAAUUACUUUCAACCAUCCCUUCAUCGUAUUCAAUCAUUCACAAAAGAAAGGAAGCUGUUCACACCAAUGUCUCCAGCAAUCUCACUACAAUCAGAAAAGAGGAUGAGGGACAGCCAACCAGAAAACCAAUACCAGAACGGUGUGAAGCAUCUCUGUGAAAAUGGAAUCAAGAAGGUUCCAGAAAAGUACAUAUUUCCCGUCACAGACCGUCCAGACACAAGAAAAGAAUCGCAUAGUAAUAAAACAAACAUCAAACUUCCAGUAAUAGAUUUUGCUGAACUACAAGGGCCUAACCGGUUUCAAGUUCUCGAAUCCCUUACUGAUGCCUGUGAACAAUAUGGAUUCUUUCAGGUUGUGAAUCAUGGCAUUUCCACGGAUGCUAUUAGCAGUAUGACUGAUGUCUGCAAAAGAUUUUUCGAGCUCCCUUUCGACGAACGACACAAAUACAUGACCACGGAUAUGAAAGCACCAGUUCGAUAUGGAACUAGCUUCAGUCAGAAUAAAGAUGGAGUCUACUGUUGGAGAGACUUUUUGAAGGUCGUCUGCCAUCCCGUACCAGAUGUCCUUUCUCACUGGCCCUCUUCGCCACAAGACCUAAGGGAGCAGGCAGCUUCUUACUCAAUGGAAACCAGAAACUUGUUUCUGAUGCUGAUGAGGGCCAUCCUAGAAAGCCUUGGACUUUGGAGUGCAGAAAUGAAUAUAACCAAGGAAAAUGACAUUUUGGAAGAAUUACAAGAGGGGAGCCAGAUGAUGGUUGCAAAUUGCUAUCCACCAUGCCCAGAACCUGAACUCACACUGGGGAUGCCACCACAUUCAGACUAUGGGUUCCUUACCCUUCUUCUCCAGGAUGAGGUCAAGGGUUUACAAAUACAAUUUGAAGAAAAAUGGCUGACAGUUGAACCAAUCCCAAACGCUUUUGUCGUAAAUAUUGGUGAUCAUCUAGAGGUAUUUAGCAACGGAAGGUAUAGGAGUGUGUUACACAGGGUUCUAGUGAAUCAAGAGAAAACGCGUGUAACUGUAGCAUCUCUGCACAGUCUUCCCUUCGAGCGUGUUAUUCAACCUUCACCCCAACUCAUUACCAAAGAAAAUCCAAGACGUUACAAGGAUACAGAUUUUGCUACUUUUCUAGAGUAUAUUUCAUCAUGUGACCCAAAAAAGAAGGCUUUUCUAGAGUCCAUAAAACUAUGUUGAAAUGCACAUCAACCAAGCCACUAUUUAGGAGAAGAAUUCAUUCCUGUACAUGACAUUCAUACACUAUGCUUAACUAUUACUUCUUUAGAUCUCAAUGAUCAAGGUAAACUGUAUUUAGAAUGGUCCAAGAAAAAAAUAUUACUCCGUACAAGAUUACAAGUAAACUAUUUUUUACGGCCA